AUGGCUUUGAUGAACAGAUAUGAAGAUCAGCUAGACGAGUCGAUGGCUCAGUUUUACCUGGCGGAGCUCGUUCAGGCCAUUCACUCAGUCCAUCAGAUGGGAUACGUUCACAGAGAUAUUAAACCAGAGAACGUUCUGAUCGACCGGACGGGUCACAUUAAACUGGUCGACUUUGGAUCGGCGGCCAGAUUGACUGCUAACAGAACGGUGACGAGCUCCAAACUCCCGGUGGGCACUCAAUACUUCCUGGCCCCUGAGAUCUUGUCCGCGCUCAACGGAGGGCCGACGUGCAGCUACGGCCCCGAGAGCGACUGGUGGUCCCUAGGCAUCAUUGCUUAUGAAAUGAUCUACAUGAAAUCACCCUUCGCUGACGGCACGUCCACAAAAACCAUCAAGAACUUUCAG